AUGAUCCAAUAAAGUGAAAAUGGCUCAGAAGAAUUUUUUAAUUUAUCAUAGGCAAGAGAUACCUUUUUAGAACUUAGGAAGUUAUCUGAAAACAUAUACACAAACAAUUAUAGAGCCAGUGAUAUAGUUACAGUGUAACCUUCAAAGUUCACAAUAAGAUUUAUGUUUUUAUCUAAAGCUUCCAAAUGA